GGGUUCUCUUCUUCCCAAAGCAAUCUCCUUCUCUCUCUCUCUCUCUCUCAAUGGCAGCCUCUGCAAUAGUCGUGGACCCCAAACCCUCCUCCCUCCCUCCUUCGUCCAUCCCAGCCGUCCGAUACGAACCCCAUCUGUCCGACUCCACCCCAUCGUCCGAUGAUGACGAUCUCUACGCCCGCCUCAAGUCACUCCAGCGCCAGCUCGAAUUCAUCGACAUCCAGGAAGAGUACGUGAAGGACGAGCAGAAGAAUCUCAAGCGCGAGCUCCUGCGGGCCCAGGAGGAGGUGAAACGGAUCCAGUCCGUCCCGCUCGUGAUCGGCCAGUUCAUGGAGAUGGUCGAUCAGAACAAUGGGAUCGUCGGAUCGACGACUGGAUCGAACUACUACGUCCGGAUCCUGAGCACGAUCAACCGGGAACUCCUGAAGCCAUCGGCAUCCGUGGCGUUGCACCGGCAUUCGAACGCUCUGGUGGAUGUGCUGCCGCCGGAGGCGGAUUCCAGCAUUUCGCUUCUGAGCCAGUCGGAGAAGCCAGAUGUCACGUACAAUGAUAUUGGAGGGUGCGACAUUCAAAAGCAGGAAAUUCGUGAAGCAGUUGAGUUGCCUUUGACGCAUCAUGAGCUGUAUAAACAGAUUGGUAUAGAUCCUCCUCGAGGAGUGCUGCUGUAUGGCCCUCCUGGUACGGGUAAAACCAUGCUUGCCAAGGCUGUGGCUAAUCACACAACUGCAGCUUUUAUACGAGUUGUUGGUUCAGAAUUCGUGCAGAAAUAUUUGGGUGAGGGCCCAAGAAUGGUUCGGGAUGUUUUCCGUCUUGCAAAAGAAAAUGCUCCUGCAAUUAUAUUUAUUGAUGAGGUGGAUGCUAUUGCUACUGCACGUUUUGAUGCCCAAACUGGAGCUGACAGAGAAGUUCAGCGUAUCCUCAUGGAACUAUUGAAUCAGAUGGAUGGAUUCGAUCAAACGGUGAAUGUGAAGGUUAUAAUGGCAACUAAUCGUGCGGACACUUUGGACCCCGCACUUCUUCGUCCAGGCAGACUUGAUCGGAAGAUAGAAUUCCCUUUGCCAGAUAGGCGACAGAAGAGGCUUGUUUUUCAGGUUUGCACAGCAAAAAUGAACCUGGGUGAUGAGGUCGACUUGGAGGACUAUGUUUCUCGACCGGAUAAAAUCAGUGCCGCAGAGAUUACAGCGAUCUGUCAGGAAGCAGGAAUGCAUGCUGUCCGUAAGAACCGUUACGUUAUUCUUCCAAAGGACUUUGAGAAGGGCUACCGGACAAACGUGAAGAAGCCUGACACCGAUUUUGACUUCUACAAGUAAAAUCCAAGUGGAAGAAAACAGCUUAAUACGUUGUCUGAUGGAUAUUUUGUGGUGAUCUGAAAAUUCAACAUACACCCCCCAAAAAAAAGCAAAAAGAAUAGAAAAGCUUGUUUGUUUUGACUU